AUGUACACUUAUAUAUACAGGAAUAUGCUCUGGAAAAUACGUGGUCUCUCCCGGAGAGCACUGAAACCAUAUUUUGCCGAGUUCCUGGGAACAGCCCUACUGAUCGUCAUCGGAGACGGCGUGGUCGCUCAGUGCCUUUUAUCGAACUACCAGUAUGGCACCUGGUUAUCCAUCAAUAUCGCCUGGGCAGCGGCGGUCUGCAUUUCUGGCUACUUGAGUGAUCCCAGUCCCACUAUCAAUCCCGCCAUCACCAUCUGCAUGGCUCUCGUUCGUCCGGUUCCGGAACAGUGGAGAAAGCUACCAGGAAAGCUGGUCGCUCAGUUCCUGGGUGGAUUCGUGGGCGCUGCUAUUGUAUAUAUUAACUACCGAUCAGCAAUCAAGGCAUGGGAUCCCGAGUUCACCAUUCCGGAAUUGCUAGCGUCAGCGGUGCUCAUGUUCGGAUCUCUCUGCAUCUCGGACCCGGCGAAUGGUCUCCGUUUCCAAUCGUCCCAGCUCUCUGUGUUUCUGCUUCUUCUGGCCAUAGGAACCGCCCUAGGCUGGCAGACUGGUUAUGCCAUUAAUCCCGCGAGAGAUUUCGGUCCGAGAUUAUUCUCUGCUAUUAUCUACGGUAGAGAGGUGUUCACUGCGAAGAAUUACUACUUCGUUGUCCCGAUAUUCGCCCCGAUUUUCGGCUGCAUUAUGGGAGCCACGGUGUAUGACUCUACACUUUAUGAGGGAGACGGAUCUCGCGUUACCAACGCCGUUACCAAAUUGGAGGAAGAAGAUGGAUCUCUUCGACUCGAUUGA